AUGCAAGACGAAACACAGACCUCUUCAACUCAACAGCAAGUGCUUAUGGUUUCAAAAGAAGAAACACUUGUUCUUGAUUCAUCAUCAGCAACAACAACAUCCAUGAUGACCACGACGAGUACAACACCCUCUUCGGCAGGUAUUAUUCCCAAUUCUGCUUCAACUACUCUUUCCAAUGAUUCGACUCCACCGAGUGAGUCUAUUCCUGCUCUUGUUGUAAAUGACUCCAGCCAUCAUCAUCAUGACGAAAAUUUUAAAACAACAUCCAUACCCACCACUACUUCAACAGCUGUUGGAGUUGUUUCAUCCAUCCAUGAAGAGAAAGAAGAAUCACAGCCAUCAUUGUUGCAACAACCUUCGAAUCUCAGAAGACCUUUAUCCCAUGAUCAUUCUUCUCAUCAAGCCUCUUCUUCUCAGCCCACUAGUUUGGUUCGGAGAGAAUCUCUAGCUGCUCGAAUGUUAAGCCGAUUUCAAAAGAAGAAACAAGUCUCCACGACAACAACCACAGAUCAAACAACAAGUGCCCAUCAAGAUGUUGCAGCCGAUGAUUCACCAUCCAACCCUCCUCACGAUGUCGUUUUCAAAAUUCCAGUCUCUUCAUCAUCGGAAAAGAAAAAGUUAUCCAAGAAAUCAAGUGCCCUAAGUAUUUCCUCUCAUACACAACCAUCAUCGGUGAACCAACAAGAAUCCAACUCUUCUUCCAUUAAUAUGAAUACUAUUCAAGAUUAUAUUUUCCAUUUUCAUCGUAUCUUUACGGACAAGAAUAUGUUCAAAGCUUUUUACAAUUAUCUCGAAACGGAACAUAAUACAGAGCCAUUAGAAUUUGUACAACAAGUGAAUGAAUUAGAGAUGGAUUAUUACAAGUUGAUGAGAGUGAUUAAGAGUUUGACUAGUAGCGGCAGCAAUAAUAGUGGAGGAGGAAUGAAUUCUAGUGGUAGCAGCAGUAGUAACAAUCUCACUCAAGCUUCUAGCGUACAAUCGUUGAUUUUAUCAUUCUUUGGAAAGAAUAAGGACAGUACACAUUUUCAAUCGGCCUCGCAGAAGAGUCCACUCUUGGGAUCCCCAACGAUGAAUCAAGGUGAAUCGAGAACAGCUCGAGCUCAGAAUAGUACAUCUAGUUUGGAUCAAAGUGGCGACUUGAGUGAGGUCAGUUCUAGUAACCCAGCUCCAAGUUUGCCACGAUUGAGUUUAAAAUUGAGUGCAUUGACCAAGAAGGAAGACGAAAUUUCCGAUACUUGUUCAAAUUUAGUGAACUCCUCAGUAACACCACAAGAAUCAACAGCAGCAAUAGAUGACACGCAAAAUUCCAGCUCACCAAUUCCUCACCAACAAAAUGAUAGCCAUGGGCAAGAACAACGAAAUGCAAAUUCUGAAGAAGUUACUCCUUCAGCUCUUUCUCGAAUGGCACUUCCAAUGAAUACACCUCGUUCCAAACAAGAAAGUAUCAACAGUAUGAAGCGAAAAAUCAUCAUGAGUGCCAUAAAAAUUAUGAAAGAAUUUAUUGAGGAAGAUUCAAAAAAGGAAAUUAACAUUUCCUCUCGUGACAAGACGACCUAUGUCAAUUUAUUUUGGCAAUACAAGCAAUACCAAAAUUUUGAUGAGUGGGUCUUGCCACAAUUACCUCACUUGCUAUUUAGAACUGUGAAAAAUUCAGUUCUUUUCGAAUUGGAAAAUGACAGUUUUCCUCGAUUUGUGAGAAGUGAAUUGUGGCUCAAAUGUGUACAGCAACAAGGUGUGACCUAUUUGAAUAAGAUUGGUCGAUUGAAGGAAGCCACCUAUUUUCCCUACACGGAUGAUGAUUUCAAGUUGCCAAUGGUCUUUGAUCGAGAUAUUGAAUUUAUGGAAUAUUUGGCACGGGAUGAUUAUAAUUGGAAAUUAAUUGGAUCUACGAAAGAACCAAGUAUUAAUGUGUACAAAAUUUCUGGAAAGAUGCUCUUUCCUAAUGUUGGAAUUUAUCAAAAGAUGCAAACGAAUAAGUGGUGGGGAAUUUUACCACAUCCUUUUGAUGUAAGUAGUAACCAAAUGUCUUUACUCCGAUUGUUAACUCUUGAUUUGUGCGACUCCCAAAUCGAUUGCUUAAUUUUUACCAAUAAGGCCGUUCGUCAAUGUUGCAUGCCAGGAUUUCACGUGCACCGAUACGAUCCCAAUAUUACCAGUUGCGACGAACUUGCGUAUUAUGAUUUUGAAGCUCUGAAAAAGAUGUAUCCCAACGAGAAAUUCAAACGAGGUAAACGAUCCGUUUCCAUAAUUCGUUACGGAGUUUGUUUUCCAUUCCCCUUCAAAACCAAACGAAGUUUCUUGAGCGCUUGCACCUCAUACUAUGACAAGAAUGAACAAAAAUUGACAUUGUUGUAUAAACCGUGUGAACAUGAAAGAUUUUACAAAGAUGGCAAGAAUGUGAAUGAAGGUAAAAAGCUCAUUGACAUUCGAGAUUUUCAGUUUUACCAAAUCAAGAAAUUAGAUUCACACCGAACCAUUAUUUCACAAAUUCACUUACUAGAUGUUGGAGGAAAUGCAAGACCUGCCAUCAACAUGCUUCGAAUGGACAGAGCGAAAGGUAUGAUGAAAGGGUUCAAUGAAUACAUUCGAAAACAUAUUAAUGGACAAAUACCAGAAAUUAGUCCCGAAGAUCCUGUCUGGAAAACUGUGGUAGAAUGUAUGGGCAAAGAAGAGGCUCACAAACUCGAUCUCUCUGCCACUCUCUAUAAUGAUCUCACUUCAGGGCGAAAUAUUUCGAAUAAGAGUUUGGUGGGUACCUUAAAGAAAUACAAGGAACGAAAAAGACAAGAAAAGAAAGAGCAGAGAAAGAAGUUGAAAUUGCAACAACAACAACAACAAGUGUUGACAGGAUCUGGAGAUUUGAUGGUUCCUUCUUCGAAUAAUACUGCUUCUGAGAGUUCACAAUCUACAUUAACCACUACUCGAGGAGAUCAUUCUUCUACGAUCAUGUCACCUGAAAUGAUUAUUCAAGAGGAAGAGGAAGCCAUGUUAACUGCCUUUGAUGCAGAUCUUGAGAAUUUCACCAUGACUGGCACAGAUAAAGAUGAGAGCGAUGACGAAGAGGAUGGUGAUGAAAACGAUGAAGAAGAUGAGAUGGUACAAUAA